AAUCAAAAACCCAAUUUGCUUAUCAAGCUUGUCUGUGAAUCCCUCCCUACCAAAAUGGUCGAUGCUAUAAUUUCCUUUGUCCUAGACCAGCUAAAGACAACCAUCGUUGAUAAGGCCUCUGAAGAGGUGGGGCUGCUAGUUGGUAUUGAGGAAGAAGUGGAAAAGCUUGAAAGAAAUCUUCGUCUCAUCAAUACUGUUCUCCGAGAUGCUGAGGAGAAGAAAAGAAGGGACGAUCUUGUCAAGGAAUGGCUGGACAGCCUCAAAGAAGCUUCUUACGACAUGGGCGACGCGUUGGAUGAGUGGAGAACUACAGUAGAGAUCGAAGCACUUGAAGCACAAAAUGCUGCUUCUCGGAAGAGGAAACUGUGCAAUUUCAUUUCGUCCUUUUCUAUUGGUCGUGUAUAUACCCGUCGUAAAAUUGCCCUCAACGUAAAGGAAAUCAAUCAAAGAUUAGAUGAUAUUGUAAAGGAGAAAGAGAAGUAUCAGUUGCAGCUGAUGUCGAUAUGUAACACAAUCAAUCAUCCUCAACAACGGCCAGAAACUUCGUCUUUUGUGGAUGUGUCAAAACUAUGUGGCCGGGGUAAGGAGAAGGCAGAAAUACUGAACUAUUUGUGGGGAAGGAGUGGUGAAGAGGAGACUGUUGAACUAAUCACUACCAUAUCUAUUGUAGGGAUGGGGGGGUUAGGAAAGACUGCUCUUGCACAACUGAUAUGCAAUGAUGAUGAUGUUAAAGGGCAUUUUGACAGGGUAAUCUGGGUUUGUGUCUCUGACCUUUUUAAUGAGAGAAGAGUUGCGAGGGCAAUCAUUCAAGGGCUUGAAAAACCUACUGGUGCUGCUGCAUAUGGCCUAGAAUCGAAUCCAUUGCAGGUCCUUUUGGAAAGGAUUUCGAGCUAUAUCCAGGGAAUGAAAUAUUUUCUUGUUUUAGAUGAUGUUUGGGAUGGAAAUAAAGGUGAGAGGUGGGAAGGACUGAAAACCACUUUCAAAUUCGGUGCCCCAGGAAGCAGAAUUUUGGUUACCACACGCGAUGCUGAAGUUGCAAAAAUGAUGGGGUCCUCUUCCUCACAAAUCAUUUUUCUGGAGAAAUUGACUGACGAGCAAUGUUGGUCAAUAGUUAAACAUAUUGCAUUAGAAGGAAGGCAUGAUCAGAAUUUGGAGAAAAUUGGGAGGGAAAUUGCAGAGAAGUGGUCGGAUGGUAAUGCAGAUUUGGAGUCAAAAGGGGAAGAGUACUUCCGCAUCUUAGUAGACCGCUCUUUCUUUCAAGAUUUUAGAAUGUUUGAAGGAGAGCUUCUUUGUUGUAAGAUGCAUGACAUACUACAUGAUUUUGCUUCGCAUUUGGCGGAGAAUGAGUUUGCGAUGAAAGAGAUCAACUCAGACCAUUUGACUGUAGAUGGGUCAAAGAAUCGUCACUUGAGAGUGAUGAUUGAUGCAAGGAUCCCUUUUCCUACAUCUAUUUCUGGUGCAGAAAAAUUGCGAACCCUUAUAACUUUCACUAGAGAGGGUGCACUGACUUAUGAGGCCUUGGGCAGCUUGUUUAAUCAUUGCAGACGCUUAAGGGUAUUGAGUUUUGCUUGGCCUGAUGGAACUGAUCAUUUAUGCAAAGAAAUUCCUGAAGGAAUAGGGAAAUUGAUACACUUGAGAUUCUUUCACUUGGGUUCUAGUCAAAAAUUAGAAAGGCUGCCUGAAGCACUCUGCAACCUACUUAAUUUGGAGUGUUUGGAUUUGUGGAACUGUGGAAAUCUCAAGCGGUUGCCAGAUUCAAUAGGAAAAUUAAUCAACUUGAGGUAUCUUUACACUGCUGGUUGCUCUGCUCUCACUCAAUAUCCAAAAGGCGUACAGAAAUUGACUUCUCUUAGAUAUUUAAGUGGGCUCAUUGCCAGAGCUGAUCGUAAUGAUGCUAAAGAAUUUUGCCUUGCCGAUCUUGGAAACUUGAAGCACCUCCGUGUACUGCAUUUGAAAGUGGUGGGGAAUUCAAUCGAUAUGGAGCAGGCUGGAAAAGCUCAACUUCAGGACACCCAGAGUUUGCAUAUAUUUUUAGCUGGCAGUAUUCAGAGAGCAGACAUAAUUGAAGCCUUAUACCCACAUCGAAACAUACCAUAUUUAAGGUUCUACAGCGACUACGGGUUUGGUCCUAGUGAACGCAAAAGGUAAUCCAUUUAUCCCAUAUAAAUGCUCUUUUUCAGUUUUCCCAAUGAGAGAUCAUCCUAUGUAUGCGCUCUUCAAAUUGAAAUUUUUCUUCAAACAUUGCUGAUUUCUAAUUAAGCUUCCUCAUACUAACCAAAUAUGGACUUUGCUUUGCAAUUGACUGCUUCAGUGCUUCUCUGUGGGAUGCAGCUUACUUUCCCAAGGUAAUGUUUUAUACCUUAUAGAGCAGUAAUGCUUUCAUUUUUCUAAUUUAAAAAGUAUUGUAUUGUAUAAAAUGUAUAAUUUAAA